UUGCUGCAGCUGGUAUCUCUGCUACUGAGUGCUGCAACAAGUGAUGGUGGUGGUGAUGGCUGCGGUGGGCAUCGCUGUGGCUUACCCAGAUCCUUCUGGGGGCUAUCGCCGAAGAUAUGGUAGUGGUGGAUUUGGUAGUAGUGGAUUCAGUGGCGGUGGAUUCGGUAGUGGUGGACUUGGUGGAUUCGGUGGCAGUGGACUUGGUGGGGGUGGAUUCGGCGGCAGUAGAUACACUAGCGGAUUCGGAACUGGUGGGUCCAAAGGUAGCGGAUUCGGAAGUGGUGGCUUCGGUGGCAGUGGAUUUGGAGGCGGACUCGGUAGCAGUGGAUUUGGAGGCGGACUCGGUAGCGGUGGAUUUGGAGGCGGACUCGGUAGCGGUGGAUUUGGAGGCGGACUCAGUAGUGGUGGAUUUGGAGGCGGACUCGGUAGCGGUGGAUUUGGAGGCGGACUCGGUAGCGGUGGAUAUGGUGGGGCUCGUCUUGGCGGUGGUGGUAGCUACGGCAAGUGGUGAGGCUGGAGAACGUCUGGGCGAACAAACCGAACGACAUCUGAAAGUUGGAACCACCAAAACGACCUUCGUCCACUAACGCCACUCCUGAUGGACACCUUGGAAGCAUCUACAUUAAGUCUUUUUUUGACCAAUAUUUAUGUAUAAUAAAUAAAUAAAUUGCCAAAUAAUGUGUUGUGCUUUGAACAUUGAAAUAUUUUUUAUUAUCUAAUGGGGCAUAUAUAUUAGAACUAAUAUAAGACUGAAUUAUAUUGAAUGAUAAAGUUCGCCGAGGUAAAUAACAUUUAAAAGUUGAAUACAAAGACACAUACAGUAUGUACUUACUUAUACGAAGUCGUUAGCCAAUACAAAAUGAAUUUUCAGGAAUUUCAACAAUUAUUCUAUCACUAUAAUAUACACUAUACAAACGAGACCAAUAUUGGGUAUGGAACACUAAAUCCGGAUAUUUGGUGAAGAACAAUGGAUCGACGGAAUUGUACCUACCCUAUCAAUCCUUAGAUCAAACCUUGUUUCUUCCUAUUUCCCAGAUUUUGUAUGACUCCUAUGGAUUGAGGGGUUCCCCUGACUGCAAUAAUAAUGUCUAUCCGGGUAGUUCAUGAAGUAAAUGACUGAAAUUAUGUCAUAAUACACAAGAGAAAAUUAUUAUUAUUGUAAUCAAAAAGAAGCGCUAAGCCACAAGGGUUAUACAGCACAAGAGAAAAGAAGGUUCAGUGUGUAACGUGGUCAGAACUUACAAGAUAUAU